ACCGCGCGCUCCGCCUGCCGCGCCACCGGCUGUUGCGGCUCGCCGGCAGGUCCAUCUCGCCGCCGGCGACCACCGGCAGAUCGGAUCUCACCGUUGCGUUCGGUGCCAAACGCAACUGACCGGUAGCACGACCAAAAGCCCAGAAUCCGCACGUCCACCGACUGGUGGGGUCGCUCUCAGGGUGGUCAAAGCCGUCAACCUCGCCGGCGUCCUGCGGCCGUUUCCGGCGGAGUGCGCGCACGUCAGCGUCCAUCCAUAAGCCAAUAAAUAGGAGCGGCCGCUCUCCUCCCUUCUAUCUCUCUCUUUCUCAUCGAGGGCCUCAUCGAGUGCACAACUCCAGUCUGCCCUUGGACUCUAGCCAGGAGAGCAAGGAAGGGGAAGAGCGUGACGACUGACGAUGCCGAUAGGGGCCUUCGUGGAGAACGGCAGCGGCGGCGGCGGCGGCGGGUACAGCGGCCGCGUGACGCCGUUCGUGGUGCUGACCUGCGUCGUCGCCGGCAGCGGCGGCAUCCUCUUCGGCUAUGACCUCGGCAUCUCCGGUGGUCUCACCUCAAUGGACUCAUUUCUGAAGAGGUUUUUCCCCAAGGUGUACCACCAAAAGCAGGACAGAAAGGUCAGCCACUACUGCCAGUUCGACAGCGAGCUCCUCACUGUGUUCACGUCGUCCCUCUACAUCGCUGGCCUCGUCGCGACGCUGUUGGCAUCGUAUGUCACGAGGAGGUACGGACGCCGCGCGUCCAUGCUGAUUGGCGGCACCGUCUUCAUCGCCGGCUCAGUCUUCGGCGGUGCAGCCGUCAACGUGCCCAUGCUGCUCCUCAACCGGAUCCUGCUGGGCAUAGGCCUGGGGUUCACUAACCAGUCGAUACCAUUGUACCUGUCAGAAAUGGCUCCACCGCAGUACCGCGGUGCGAUCAAUAAUGGUUUUGAACUCAGCAUCAGCAUCGGCAUUCUCAUUGCGAACAUCCUCAACUACUGUGUGGUAAAAAUCACAGCAGGAUGGGGCUGGAGGAUAUCCCUAUCCAUGGCUGCAGUCCCUGCUGCAUUCCUGACCAUUGGUGCAAUCUUCCUCCCUGACACACCAAGCUUCAUCAUCCAGCAUGAUGGCAAUACCGACAAGGCGAGAGCCCUGCUCCAAAAGAUGCGUGGAACCACCUCAGUGCAGAACGAGCUGGAUGACUUGAUCUCUGCCAGCAACCUGUCUAGGACAACCAGAUAUCCAUUCAGAAACAUAUUCAAGAGGAAGUACAGGCCACAGCUUGCCAUAGUGCUCCUAAUCCCUUUUUUCAACCAGCUUACUGGGAUCAAUGUGAUGAACUUCUAUGCACCAGUCAUGUUCCGGACAAUCGGCUUUCAUGAGAGCGCAUCCCUCUUGUCCUCGGUCGUCACGCGUCUCUGCGCAACAUUUGCCAACAUUGGAGCGAUGAUAGUGGUUGACAGGUUCGGGCGCAGGAAGCUCUUCAUCGUCGGCGGUGUCCAGAUGAUCUUAUCACAGCUUGCUGUUGGCGCAAUCCUAGCUGCAGAGUUCAAGGACUAUGGGCUGAUGGACAAGAGCUAUGCUUACCUUGUGUUGGUCACCAUGUGUGUGUUUGUUGCAGGUUUUGCAUGGUCAUGGGGACCUCUCACUUUCCUGGUCCCUACUGAGAUCUGCUCACUGGAGAUCAGGUCAGCAGCGCAGAGUAUUGUGGUUGCUGUGGUCUUCUUGAUGACAUUUGUGAUUGGCCAGACAUUUCUCGCGGUCCUCUGCCGCAUCAAGUCCGGGACGUUCUUUGUCUUCGCCGCUUGGAUUUGCCUGAUGACGCUGCUGGUUUAUUUGUUCCUGCCAGAGACAAAGAAGCUUCCCAUGGAGCAGAUGGAGCAGCUCUGGAGGAAGCACUGGUUCUGGAAAAAGAUUGUUGCGGAGGAAGAUGACAAAGAAGGUGUGGAAAAUGAGAAGAAACAAGCAGGGUCAGUGGCCGCCUAGCGCCUUUCCAAAUUGGAGUGUAUUAAACCCGUAAAGAGAAUACAGGACUUCAGUUAGCAGAUACGUGUGUAAAUGUAACACGGGUGUGUGUGUAGCCAUUUCAGAUGGCGAGAUUGCUGAUGUAAAAACACUUCGGUUAUACAGAGCAGAGAGAUGUAAACCGUAUCUCAAACGCAAUAUAUUUCACUGAUUACGCAUUA